AUGUGUAGGAGUAAGGGUAGGAGCAGGAAUUGUCGGAGUAGGAGCAGCAGCCGCAGCAGACGCAGUCUCAGCGGCAGUAUCUGUGUAUCAGGAGCAGCGCAGCUAACGGCAGGAGGAGCAGCAGCAGCAGUCCAACACAUAUAUAGUAGCAACAGUAUUAGCAUCCCUUCCAGCGGAGCUCUCGAAGCUUUCAGCGAGCAGCGAGCCCUUAAACGCUUUUGGAAAACGGCCAACCACGGCGUUGCUCCGGGUUUUAACAAUGCGCUACCUGUGAACAGUGAGUGCGAGUAUCAUAAUCAGUAUGAAAAUAGUUUAGGACACCCCCAAAACCUUGGAUUCUCCUGCAGCCUUUUCGAGAGGACGCAGUACUACGAAGGAGAGGCUUGGAAAGAGCCAGAGCUCGUGCCUGAAGCCAAAGCUGCACCAGGUCGUGCCGAGUCUGCCAGCUUUGCGCCAAAAAAGCAGGAGGUGGCUCCGAUUCCACAAAUUCCGCUCAACGAGAUCCGUGGCGUGCUCGAGCUUGUACAGUCCCCCGGCCCGGGACACCCUACGGAACAGCGCGGCGUUGCCUUCGUCAGCGGGAAGUGGCAGCGGCUGGCAGAGCCCGGCACGCCCAGCCACGAAGCUGAGCCCGUUUCGGAGAAAGCGAAGCUUCCACACAUGCCGCAGGGCGCCUUGCAGAGAGAGGAGCAGUCGAGGUCCGCCGUUACGCGGGCACGUUUGGCUGCAGAUUCUUCAAAGCUGCAGCGACGUGCCUCUGGCCGUGCAAGGCUGCGGCAGGUUCUACUCGGCCUUACAGCGGAAGACGCUGUUCCUGACAGCGAGGAGUGUCAGCGGGUGGCCAAGAUCCGGGAUCGGCUGAAGGCUUGCGAAAAGGCAGACGAAGCCUUGCUCCAGCUUCAGAAUCUCGCUGCAAUGCCCGUGGACGCCGUCGUGCUGCGGCAGACAGGCAUUGGCAGAGUGGUCAACGACGUGGCGAAGGCCUGGAAGGGGCAAGAGGCAGCACGCCAGACUCUCGCUGCAGCCCGCGAAUUGGUGGCCAAAUGGCGGGCGAUGCACCGCCAGGAGACAGAUGCAGUUGACGAUGUUUCUGCAGAUCUGGAGAAGGCUCUGUGGGAAGAUCUCGUGACCGAAGACGAUGUCGAUGACAGCGACGAAGAGUACCAGGCUCGCCUCGGAGCUGUCGUGCAAGCGCUGGGCUCUGCGGAUGUGCGGCAGCGAGCGAUGACCAGGAGUCAAACUCGCACGGUUGUGGAGGAGGCGCUAUCUGCAAUGUCUUCGGCAGAGAGGUGA